UUAAAGAUAUUUAAAUACAUGGCAGCUUUCACCCUAGUAUAUUCAGUAACCUCUUCCAUAGCGCUCUGGUGGGCAGACUUUCAAAGAGUCCUGCUCCAAAUCCUUCCGUUGAUGACCUGUCAUUGGAGAUGAAAUGUUAACUCUGUUUCCCUCUCCAGAGAUACUUCCUUACGGACUCUAUUUCGGAAAUAGCCAUUUAUAUUUCAGAUUUCCAUCUGUAGUCCUCUGUAGAUAAUGGAUUGGUGUUUGCCCUGGGUUCAACCCUCUAGACCUGCUAGUUUUGUGCUCUGCCUCUGGAGCGACAAACAAACUGCUGGAGGAACUUGGUGGAUAAAACCGCAUUUCUGGAGGGAGAUGUUCUUCGUCCAGCCCCAAAAUGUCAGCUGUUCAUUUCCUUCCAAAGAUGUCAUCUGCUCUGCUGAGUAGUUUGAUUAUUGCUCCGGUUCCAGUAUCUGUGUGUCUCCCCUUUGGGCUGCUGGUUUGACGUUGGCACUGGACUUUCGCUCUGGAGCUACUGGUUCAGAGCCGGCAUUGGAUCCCCCCUCUGGAGCUGCCGGUUCGGUGCAUGCACCGCCUCUGGAUUCAGUGACAUUCCCCGAAAGCAGCGCACUGCUGCCUGACUGAAGUCUGCUUACUCGCUCGUAGACGCACGUCACUGGUGGAGUUUUCCGGGAGAGUAAAGAUGGCAACUCCGCAGUACAGCCUGAAGCGAGUGUUGUGGCAGAAGAUCAAGAAACUCAUACUGGAUGACUGCUUGGAAGCAGGAGAAUGGAAGAUACUUAUUUUGGACCAUUACACCACAAGGCUUCUUUCGUCUUGCUGCAAAAUAUCCACACUUAUGGCUGAAAAGAUCAGCGUUGUUGAAGACCUACACAAAAUCCGUGAGCCAGUUCCAAACAUGAAGGCUAUCUACUUCAUUACUCCAACAGAAAAGUCUGUAGAUGCACUUAUAAAUGACUUCAGAAAAAAGAACAAUUAUAAAGCAGCUUAUGUUUACUUCACUGACUAUUGUCCUGAUAAUCUCUUCAGUCAGUUAAAAACUACAAGUGCAAAACCCAUAAAACGUUGCAAAGAAGUUAAUAUUUCCUUUCUUUCAUAUGAAUCUCAGGUAUUCAUCUUUGACAUUCCUGAUUCAUUUUCCUCAAUUUAUAGUCCAACAUCAAAAGACAAAAAUAACAUUAUGGAAAUAAUGGCAGAGAAAAUUGCCACCGUGUGUGCAACUUUGGAUGAAAAUCCUGGUGUCCGCUACAGAAAGGAACGUGGAAAUGAUUACAGUGAAACUGGAAAUAAUGCAGAGUAUCUUGCAAAUCUGGUAGAGGAAAAGCUGGCAGAACAUUACAAACUGGCUGAGGACUGCAAUAUAAAGGGUAAAACGCAGUCACAGCUUCUGGUAAUCGACCGUGGCUUUGAUCCAGUAUCAACACUCUUGCAUGAGCUGACUUUCCAAGCUAUGGCUUAUGACUUGGUUCCAAUUGAAAAUAACAUUUAUAGAUAUCAAACAAAAGAAGAGUCAGCAUCCAAAGAGGCUCUUUUGGAUGAGGAUGACACACUCUGGGUAAAUUUGCGGCAUCUACAUAUUGCAGAAGUUAGCGAGAAAAUACCAAAAUUGGUAAAGGAACUUGCCAAAAGUAGCAAGACAACAGAAGGAAAAGCCACCGUAGGUUCUUUAUCUCAAAUGAUGAAGAAGUUGCCUGCUUUCCGAAGACAAAAGGCUAAGCAAACAGUCCACCUGACUCUAGCUGAAGAUUGUAUGAAGCAUUUCCACGGGAUGGUGGAAAAACUAUGCAAGGCCGAACAGGACUUGGCUGUUGGAACAGAUGCACAAAGCCAGAAAAUUAAGGACCCCAUGAGAAUCAUUCUGCCUUUUUUGCUGGACAAGACUAUUGGAGAUUAUGAAAAAUUGAGGAUCAUCUUGCUCUAUAUCUUCCAUGUAAAUGGAACGACGGAAGAGAAUCUUGGCAAGCUCAUCCAGCAUGGAAGAGUUGAAAACAACCGUGACAUCAUUGAAAACUGGAAAUUUCUUGAUGUACCCAUUCUCUCUUCUAACGCCCAGCAAUGUAAACCUGUGCGUAAGGAUCGCAGUACCGAGGAGAAUUACCAGCUUUCCAGGUGGACUCCCUUCAUUAAAGAUAUCAUGGAGGAUUCCAUUGCCAACAAGCUUGAUUCCCAUGACUGGCCUCACUGCUCGGGCUGCAGUGCUGCGUGGAAUGGCUCAGGGGCUGUAAGUGCUCGACAGGGGAACAAAAGCAAUCUCCAUGAUGACCGCAAAGGUGGUUUAAAACUAAUUGUAUUUGUAAUAGGAGGUAUAACGUAUUCAGAAAUACGCUGUGCUUAUGAAGUUUCUAAGGCCAAUAAGUUUUGUGAUGUCAUUAUUGGGUCAACUCAUAUUCUUACACCCACAAGAUUACUUGAUGAUCUCAAGAAACUGAACAAGUAAAAGUGCCACAUAUGAGUUAAAGUUGGCCACUUGUAUCAACUGCACUUAACGUGAAUAACAAGAGCUUAACAUCCACGUAAUGAAACUUUGUCUAAAGUAUUUUGAUAAACAAAGUACACAGCAUGUAUUGACCAGUUCAAGGACUCUAAUUUAGUUACACUAUUAAUACUGUAAUGAAUCUUCUGGGAGAGUCAAUAUUGGUAAAGUAUUUCUGCUUUGACUUAUUGCCUGUAAAUCAAUGAGGAUACCAUACUCUGACCCGUAAUUGGUGAUCACUAGUAACGCGUUUGUAUUUUUAAAAUGUUGACUAUAUAGGAUUUUUUCAGAGUAAUGUUGCUUAUAGGCUUUGUACAUUUUGUAGCUAUGUUUUGAAUAUAUUGCCCAUAAUAUACUGUAUAUGUCUAACAUAGGAUUGUAACAUUUUCAACUUACUGUUAUUAAAUAAAAUCUUAUAUUCUAUCUAAUAUUGCAUUGUAAAUGUUUUUGCAAAAGCAUUUAAGCCUUAUCAAAACUAGGAAUGUACUUUAGAUUAAUAUAAUUCUUUUCAAAAAUGUUUAACAAAUUUGCCACUUAAAGUGCAGUUGCAUUCUGAAAUACUUCACUGUAAUCAAUAAAGGUGUGCCAUUAUGUUCGUGUAUGGUGCAAUGCAAAUCUUACCCAUCAGGUGCUAAUCCGGGAAGAUGUCAACCAAUGUGUGCAGUUUUCCUUCUCUGAGCUGUACUAAUGUCACUUGUGUGUAGACCCAAAAUAAGAGGGCGGAAAAGAUACUGGCUGUGUAUUGAGACGAUUUGCAGAGGCAUAUUUCAACUGCCAUUUUUUGUUUAGCUAUGAAAUGUAUGUAACUGGAAUAUUUUCAGCAUUUUGUUGUACAGAAUGCCAACUACCAAGCACUGUAUGUCUUCUGACAAGCUAAUAAAUUAAAUGCUGCAAAGAGGCAACUGUGUUUUGUAAUGGUA